AUGCGUCAAAAUCCAACAUUUUAUUGUCAAGAUCCAACUGAUAUUAUUGACGAUGAAAAUAAUAAUAACGAACAACAAAAUAAAUCGACUACAAAUACUUUAGUUCGACAAUUGUCACAACAACAGCAAAUAAAAAUGGUUAAUGAUGAAAAAUCGAAGAAUAAUAAUAUAACUACAAUGUCCAAUGCAUUAUCAUACGAUAAUGAUCAUCUAUCUAGUCCAAUAAAAGAUAUUAUUUAUUUGAAUCAAUGUCCAUGUGAAACACAUUUAGCUACAAAUUUAAUUGAACGUACAUAUCAAAUGUCUGUAGAAAAAUUAUUUGAUUAUAUAUUUGGUAUUAAUGAUUUAAUUACUGCCUAUAGACAAGCAAGAAGAAUAAAAGAUUAUCAAGCAACUGAUUGGCAAAUAAAUUCUCAAACAAAUAAACGUGAACGACAAUUAACUUAUAAAGUAUCGGUAGCUGCUGUUUUAGGCAAUAAUACAAUAUUUAGUACAGAAAAACAGAUAAUUGAAAAUGAAAAAUAUAAUUCACAUUAUAUUGUAAAUACAGAAGUGCAUAAUGAAGGUAUCAAAUAUGCGGACACAUUUUAUGUUGCAUCAACAUAUUGUCUAGUACAAAUUGGACACAAUAAAUCAUCGUUAAAAGUCACGUGUGAAGUACGAUAUGUUAAAAGUUUAAUGAUUCUUAUUAAAUCAUUUAUCGAAAAAAAUGCCAUGGCUGCAUUACAAGAUUCAUUUCAAGAUCUAAUGAAACGAAUUGAUAAUGAAUCAUCUCGUCCUCAUGCUAGUUCGAACAGUGCUCAACGUUUAAAAAAACAAGAUAAACCAUCAGCACGAAAACAACAAGCACCAUUGUUACGUCAAUUAACAUCCAAUCAACAACAACAACAAGAAACAAAUCAAUAUGAACAAGCUAAUUCUCGACAAGAGUCAAGACAGUUAUCAUCAUCUCCAUCUUCUAUAUCUAUUCAAUCUUUAUCGUCUUCAUCACUAAUCACAAAUCAAUCACAACCAACAUCAUGGACAGAAUGGUUAUCAAAUGAGAGAAUGAAGUCUCUUUUUAUUAUCACGUUGCUUUUAUUAUUAAUUAUUAAUGUGUUUUUAUGUUUUAAAUUAAAUCAAAUUGAUACAAUGACUGAUAGAUUAGAACAGAGUUAUCCAGUCUGGCUCAAAGGACAACCAUUUUCACAAAAAGAUUCUGAAUGGACUAUAUUAUUACAACGACAAGAGCAAUUUUAUCAAAAACAAUUAACAGGAUUAAGAUUAGUAUUAAUUAGUACACAUCAUGCAUUGAAAAAUGUUACCGAUGUACUACAAGAAUUAACUAAAGUCAGUAUUCAAAUCGGUGAUUAUAGUCAAAAUUACACAAAUUCCGCACAAUAA